GAGCUAUUUGCUCGUUUGAAAAGCUACAAAACUUUACCCAGAAGCGGACAUUCCAGCGGGUCAGUGUCUAAAAUAUUGGAUGAUCUCACCCAUGAGAUAGAUUUGACAUGGCUGUUCUUUUGUUCUUGGAUGAAUACAUAUUCCACUCAUCCACCCCCAGAUCCAGGCACUUUCUUUCAUCUUUUUGAUUAUUAUCGUUGUUGCUUCCUCCUCUCUCUGACACUCCCUGUUUUUCUUAUUCUCAUCAUCUUCUACCCACUUCUUGAUGAUUAUAUCUUUGAACUUGUAAUACGAUUUUCUGUAAACAAAAAGAGUGUAAAAAUCUCUAGAAAGUCAACGAAGAUGGAGGGCAAACUCUUCCUCUCAAUCGCUGUCAUGCUCUGCUUUUGCCUUGGCUCGUUUGCCGAUUCAAACACUGUUCCGGCGUCUCCGGUUCAAUCGCAAUCGCAGCUGUGUAAGCUUGACUUGUCGGAGGAGCUUUUCAGCGGCGUGAAAGCCGCCUGCCGGGAGGAUCUCGACCGGAGACGGUGCUGCCCGGUAUUGUCAGCGUGGUUCUACGCGGCUUACGCGCACUCGGCGCUCCGGGUCAUCCCCGCGCCGGCGCCGUCUGCGAUAUCGAGUAUCCAGCCGUCGGAGCCGCUCGACAACCAGAAGUGCGCCGACUCGCUCCAGGACUCGCUCCAGCGCCGCAGCGUUUAUGUUGGCCGGAUUAACGAAACGUGCGACACCGUUUUGUGUUUCUGCGGCAUCCGCCUCCACCAGAUCAGCUCCCUCGAGUGCCCCGCCGCGUUCAACAUCUCCGCCGCCGGCGAAGUCAAACCCACCGCCGCGGUUAGGGAUCUCGAACACAAAUGCCGCGCCUCCUCGUAUUCCGGUUGUACACAGUGUCUCGGAGCUCUCCAGAAGCUUAAAGGAGGGGGUAAAAACGGGACACAAAAAGCUCGAAACGGAGAAAACGGCCGUUUGUCCAAGAUGUUAAAUCAGGACUGCCAGCUGAUGGGGUUGACGUGGUUGCUGGCGCGAAACAAGACGGCGUACAUUCCGACGGUUUCGGCGGUGUUGCGGGCGUUGAUGUACAGUGGGCAGCCGUUGACGGAGUCAAAGUGCAGCCCCGACCAGGAGAAUAUGCCGUUGGCCGUCGACUCGUUACAGUUCCAGAACGGUUCUCCUACGGCUUCUUCUCUAUCAAUUUAUUUUUCCCAAAUUUUGUCCAUAAUCAUCAUUUGUAUGAUUAACAUCACUACUUUUAGGAUCAACUAUUAGAACACCGGUGUCUGGCUGUCUGCUGCCCAAGCUUUUUGUGCCUGCUUGUACAUUCAAAAUGUUGUAUCAAAUGAUAUCAAGUUUAGGCAGGAAAGUAUAUUUAUGUGAUUAUAUCGGAAAAUUUCUUAAAUAUAUGGGAAAAGGUGCAAAUAGGCCCAUGUACUAACCCAAAAAGGUCAAAUAAGCCCUUAUUUAGGAAGUUCUGUCCGGACGUCGUCAUUUGGGGUGGUUCCCGGUGGAAUUUUUUAAUGAAAUUUUUUGAGCAUCUUAUUCAUCAAGUCUAGUUUGCUCAUACCAAAUUUCAGCUAAAACUUCAAUCGAGAAGGCAUUCAAAUAAAUUUUUGAAGAUAACUGCGCUUCUAACUGCGCAGUUAUUUUCAGGAAUUCAUUUCAAUGCCUUCCCGAUUGAAGUUUUUGCUGAAAUUUGGUAUGAGUAAACUAGACUUAAUGAAUAAGACGCUCAAAAAAUUUUAUCAAAAAAUUCUACCGGGAACCACUCCAAAUGGCGACGGCCGGACAAAGACUCCUAAAUAAGGGCUUAUUUGACCUUUUUUGGUUAGUACAUGGGCCUAUUUGCACCUUUUCCCUAAAUAUAUUACUCCGUAUAUAACACAGAUUUCCUAUCAUAUUUGUAAACAGACUAAAAACUUGAUGAAACCCCAGUUCUGGUAGAGAUAGUACUCCCUCCGUUCCUAAAAAUUCUUCCCGGUUGCCUAUUAAGAAAGUGGAAUAAAGUGGAAAUGUGUGGUUGUGGUUGUGUGAAAAAAAGGUAAAAUGAAUGUGAGCCACACAAAUUGUCCAAAAAGGGAAAGUGGGAAUAAUUUUUGGGAACGACCCAAAAAGGAAAGUGGGAAGUAUUUUUGGGAACGGAGGGAGUAUUUCCUAACUUGAACUCAUUAUGCAUCAAUAGUUUGAAGCAUGUAUUUCCUAACUUAGUAAACCCCAGUUUACUAAUAGAAAUAUAGAAAUAUGGUAGAUUCUAUGGUUUCCAUAAGGCACCAUACCUUUGUCCACAUUGACCAAUGAGAAUGUAGCA